CAUUUAAUGAAUACAUUUUUAGUCUCCCCUUUUUUUCCUCCACUCAAAGCCCAAUUUAAUACUUUGUGAAUUUAUUGUCUAUUUUUAAUUUGCUUCUCCGAUUCUAAGCAGCAAUGUCAGCAGCACGCAAGCGGUCAGCCUCGAAUGGCAGUACGGACAUCUCUCCGCCCGCCAAGGCUCGCCGCACUGAGCAGGAAAUACAUGGCCCAAACGACUAUCACAAAACACUCGUGCACAGGGACAUUUCAGACAGCGACUCUGACAGCAGCCAAGAUCAGGCCGCCGAAAAGAUCGAGGCGAUGUAUCUGGACACUGUGAACCGCUCCAAUCUGGACUUUGACUUUGAGCAACUGUGCUCGGUAUCGCUAUCCAACAACAACAUAUACGCAUGCCUCGUGUGCGGCAAGUACUUCCAAGGCCGCGGCAAGCAGACCCAUGCGUACUUUCACAGCAUCAACGACGAUCACCACGUGUUUGCCAACCUCCAGACGCUCGGUGUGUAUGUACUUCCCGACAACUAUGAGGUCGAGGACCGGUCGUUGAACGAUAUCAAGGCCGCCAUUCGCCCGACCUACUCUGCUCCCAGGUGUGAGGUCGCUUACGAUUUGGGCGGCAAAAAAUACUUGGCCGGAUUUGUCGGCCUAAACAAGAUAAAGUACAACGAUUACAUGAACGUGGUUGUCCAGGCGCUAGCGCAUGUUCCUCCAAUCCGCGAUGCACUUCUGUUGCUGCCUGAUCUAGAGAAGCGACCGGUGCUUGUACAACGUCUGGCCAGCCUUGUGCGCAAAAUAUGGCACCCAAAGCUAUUCAAGGCCCAUGUAAGCCCGCACGAGCUGGUCCAGGAGGUUGUGAAUCGGUCCAAGCGGCGGUUCAGGAUGGACGCCCAAGGCGACGCCUUUGAAUUCUUAACUUGGCUUUUAAACACCCUGCAUGUGGAUCUCGGCGGCUCGCGCAAACGCAACAGCAGCAUCGUGUAUCGCGCAUUCCAGGGCGAAAUACGAGUGACAAAACAGCCACUCGUGGACCCUGGUAUGCUGGCGCCCAAGGAAGAAUCCGCCGGGAUAGACGCACCCAAUGGUAUGGCCACUGCGAAAAAGACCCCCUUUCUGACGCUGUCGCUGGACCUGCCGCCAAAACCUCUGUUUUCAAAUGAUGACGGCGAUGAUGACGGCGAGGCAGGAAUUCCGCAAGUAGCUCUGGUAUCGCUGCUGCAACGGUACAAUGGAUCGAGCACUGUCGAAUGGCAUGGGGAGACAAAGCGGUACCAGCUGACGGAGCUGCCGCAGUACAUCAUCUGCCAUAACCCCACUGUAGUUAACUUCCCCAUCCGUAACAUGCCAUUUGGUGAACUGCUGCCACCGGACGUGCAGCCAGCCAGCAAAUUCAACACGACAUAUGAUCUUAUCGCAAACAUAUGCCACGAUGGUCAGCCAGAACAGCAGCAGGGCCAGAACCCGAAGCAUGAUGCGACUGCCCCAGCUGCAAUCCAGACAACCAGCUCAUCUGCCGCAUACGCUGCUGACGAGACAUCAUCAUCAGAUAGCCAGUAUUUAGUAUACCUGCGCCAUGCAGCCGACGAAAAGUGGUACAUGAUGCGCGACUUGCUUGUUGAGCCGAUUAUGCCCCAGAUGAUACUUCUUUCCGACUCGUACAUCCAGAUAUGGCAGCGCAAUAGUAAUAGUAAUGGCAAUACAAAAGAUACCACAGUACCUGCCAGCUGCAGUGGAUGAGCUAUGGAAUACUUUUUGCGCAUGUCAAAAUUUGUUUGUCAGUCAAUAAACACAAAACAUUUGAUGUACAAUUUUCUAUUUAUACAAUCGUGAGGCAUUACAUAUAACUAAUAAUAGAGAGAAUAUAUUUAUUAAGC